ACCCGAGGUGAAGCCGCUCACAGGAUGGUUCUGAGAUCGGGGAUUACUUGAUUUUGCUGGUAUUCCUUGUGGGUGUUUUCCUGGACUUAAAAGAUCAAAUACCACAGUUGUCUAUAGCCAGCAACUUUCUGCUGUGUGUAAGAAACGUGCAACAAUCCAGUCAGGUGCCUGUCACCAAACAGUCUUCCCUUUUGAAUUAUUUGGGAGCAGUAUUUGAGAGUCUGCUUUGAGAAGAUAAAACUUGUACAAUGUCUGCUCCGAGUGACAUCCCUGUUCUGUCUGCACCACCUUCUUAUGAGGAAACAACAGGAAUCAAUGUGAGCUAUCCUCACACCUAUCCUGUCCCAGAACCUGGCCAGAAACCAGAUGGGAAGGGAAUGAACCCUCCCCCAUACCUGGGACAGCCUGCACCACCAAAUAACCCGAUUACAGUUCAGACAGUGUAUGUGCAGCAACCAGUAGUAUUUUAUGACCGCCCAGUUCAGAUGUGCUGCCCUUCCUGUAACCAGAUGAUAGUGACACGUCUCUCGUAUGACUCAGGAGCUUUGACUUGGCUGUCAUGUGGUGGCCUCUGCCUGCUGGGGUGUAUAGGUGGCUGCUGCUUAAUUCCCUUCUGCAUUGAUGCCCUAAAGGAUGUGGAUCACAGCUGUCCGAACUGCAAUGCUCUUAUUGGUUCUUACAAACGCUUAUAGGCAGUGUUUAAACAUCGAUAAUUCAUUGAUGAAGUUGGUUAGCACCUCUGCAAGCCCUUUCUGAAGUUUCAUGGAGACUUCUGGUUGUUUCUAUGCAUCCUGUCACUGGAAACCAAUCAAAAGUAAUGUUUAUUGCUAAAUUGUUUGAAUGAGAAUCUGCUGAAGGGGAUUCUGACUUAGGUCUGUAAAAAUUAUGUGUAAUCUUUAUAGGCCACUCAGUCUAGCACCAGUUGAUAGCAGCUAAAUGUUUUCCCUUUCUGCUUUAUGCAAAACAGGUUGAUGAUGUUCUUCAGUUAAUCUUGUCUCAGUCAUGUUGGAUGCUGGUGUGCUUGCCUGUAGUCUCAGCACAGACCAAGAGGAGAAUGUCUGUGGAGACCUGCAUAGUCUCAUGCUUGGUGUUGAUGCUUUUGCAACAGCACUGUUUACAAACUGUCAGGGAGUUGCUUGCCUCUGAGACAGGUGCCUCUCUUUAACAGAAGAAGUGAUUUGUUGGCAUCUUUUCAUGAGCACUAAAAUUCACUUUAAAAUUUUCUUAGUUGAAAGAGAACCAAACUUAAAGGCUUCUUCCUUCUUGGAGGCAGCUUUACCAAAUGGACAACUCGGGUUAUUGUGCAUCAGUGGUGAUUCAAUCUAGUACCUGAAUUUCCUUGCCAGUUUCAAGUCUAGUCAUAUCUCUAAUCUGCAGUAAAGAUGUUCAUACAGGAAUUUUAAUAGAUAAUUUGUUCAGUGUUUUUUGGUUGAUUGUUUUUU